AUGGGGGAGCAGUCGCCGGCAUCGCCGUUGCCACCGGCGCCGGCGGCGAAGGUGUACUACGACGGGUGCCCCGGCUGCGCCAUGGACCGGAAGAAGGAGACCCACGCCGGCGUCCCCUACAAGGAACUGCUCUUCGUCGCCACCACAACCUUCGCCUCCGCUCUGCCAAUCACGUCCCUGUUCCCCUUCCUCUACUUCAUGAUAAAGGACCUGCAUAUCGCACCGAGGGAGGAAGACAUUGGAUUCUACGCUGGUUUCCUCGGUGCGGCAUAUAUGAUCGGCAGAGGUGUCGCGUCGGUCUUCUGGGGUGUGGCAGCGGAUCGUGUUGGCCGAAAGCCUGUCCUCGCGUUCUCUGUCUUUUCGGUCAUUGUGUUCAACACUCUGUUUGGACUGAGUGUCAAGUACUGGAUGGCGAUUGCCACAAGGUUCCUUCUUGGUGCACUCAACGGCUUCCUUGCACCAGUAAAGGCCUACUCCAUUGAAGUUUGCCCACCUGACCAACAGGCCUUGGGUAUAUCAGUUGUCAGCACAGCAUGGGGAAUGGGUGUUAUAAUUGGCCCGGCAAUUGGGGGCUAUCUAGCACAGCCUGUCAAACAAUACCCACAUCUGUUUCAUGAGAAUUCAGUGUUCGGAAGGUUCCCAUAUUUAUUGCCAUGUCUAUGUAUAUCAUUUUUGGCUACCUUGGUUCUCAUAAGCUGUAUAUGGCUCCCGGAGACCCUACAUAAGCACAAAGGCCUUGAGAGAGCAGUUGAAAUGGUAGAAGGUACUACAACUCAAGAAAGUGCAGAGCCACCUAAGAAGAGCUUACUCAGAAACUGGCCACUGAUGUCCUCCAUUAUAUCAUACUGUGUCUUCUCCCUUCACGACACCGCAUAUUCUGAGAUAUUUUCUCUAUGGACCGUGAGUGACAGAAAAUAUGGCGGGCUUAGCUUUGCAUCUAAAGAUGUGGGUCAAGUUCUUACGGUCGCAGGUGCCAGUCUUCUAGUAUAUCAAAUCUUUGCUUACCGUUGGAUCGAUAGAGUCCUUGGUCCAAUCAAUUCAACCCGAGUUUCAUCGGCACUAUCUAUACCAAUAAUUGCUGCUUAUCCCUUCAUGACACACUUGUCAGGAAUAAGACUUGAUGUGCCUCUCUAUAUCGCAGCAAUGCUCAAAAGCGUUUUUGCAAUCACUAGAACUACCGGCACUUCGCUCCUGCAAAACAAUGCUGUGCCUCAAGAACAAAGGGGCGCUGCAAACGGGAUAGCUACAACGGCAAUGUCUCUGUCCAAGGCGUUCGCUCCAGCCGGAGCAGGCAUCUUGUUCUCAUGGGCACAAAAGCGUCAGCAUGCCUCAUUCUUUCCAGGCGACCAGAUGGUGUUUCUGCUCCUGAAUCUGACAGAGGUCAUCGGGCUGGUGUUCACCUUCAAGCCUUUCCUUGCAGUUCCGCAGCAGUAUAAACAAUGA